UGUUCUCCAAGAGAAAGCAAGUCCUUUCACACUCCCCACAUCUUUUUUUAUACUAAAAACACACAGAAUUCAGUAUUCACACUCAGAAAUUUUCAAUGAGUUAAGAACAUGUGGUUUUGAAAAGGAAAUCAGAAGUCUAUGGAGAAGAAAAGCGAAGAGAAAGAAGAACAAGUGAAGACAGAGAAUUUGAUCUAUUCUUCUUCUUCUUCAAUGGGAAAUUCAGCUUUAUUGGAUGAGAUAAUGAUGCCUACAACUGUUUCUUCUUCAUCUUCUGGUUUCGGUUUACAGACCAUUUUUGACAUGCCAUGUGAAGCUCAUGCUGUUGGUGAUGAAGGGUACUUCGGUAACUUCAUGGACUUGCUUGGUACUGGAGGAGGAAGUGGUAUCACGCAAGAUUUUGGUUCUUCUUUAUUCGAUUUGUUUCAACAACCUCCGAUUCUUCCACCUCCACCACCAUCAUCAUCGCUGCCUUCACCGGCAUCGACUGUUCCGGAAUCUUCAGAAGUGUUGAAUAACCCUUCAACACCUAAUUCUUCCUCUAUCUCUUCCUCAUCUAAUGAAGCUGGAAUUAAUGAUGCCGUGAAUAAAGCCGAAACAAACGAAUUAGAAGAACAAGACAAGACCAAGAAACAGUUGAAACCCAAAAAGAAGAACCAAAAAAGGCAAAGAGAGCCGAGAUUUGCGUUCAUGACAAAGAGUGAAGUGGAUCAUCUUGAUGAUGGCUAUAGAUGGAGAAAGUACGGCCAAAAAGCUGUCAAGAACAGCCCCUAUCCCAGGAGUUACUAUCGUUGCACCAGUGCAGGAUGUGGAGUUAAGAAGAGAGUAGAAAGAUCAUCAGAUGAAUCUUCGAUCGUUGUCACCACCUACGAAGGCCAACACACGCAUCUCUGCCCGGUUACCCCUCGAGGAAGCAUCGCGAUUUUUCCAGAUUCAUCGGGUUUUGGUGUUGAAAGUUCACUUCUUCCACAUCACCACCACUAUCAGCAGCAACAACAACAGCAAGCAGCGGUGGCCGCCUAUGUUUAUAACCAAAUGCCACCAUUGAAUAUUAGCUCUAGUCCUACUACUGCCACUAUGACUGCUAGUUUUAAUAAUUCAGUAGCUGUUCCUAAUUUUUUUCCAGAGACAAGAUUUGGUGGUGCUUCUCAUUUUCAUGAUCAAGUUCAAGCUUCUUCUAAUUUGCCGAGAGACCAUGGACUUCUGGAGGAUAUUGUACCAACCCAGAUGAGAAAGGAGACUGAUCAACAUGAGCAGGAUCAGUAGAGAGAAGAAUAUUGAUGAUUUGUAUGUCAUCGGGUAUGUAAUUCUCUGACUGACUAGUGGGGUUUAUUUGCUUAACUUUUAGAAUUUGAGAGAAGAACCCACUUUCCCAUUCAUCUCGAUCUCACAGUCCUUUAAUUCUAUUUGUAAAAUGAAGACUAUUUAGAGAGUUCUUUAAUUAGUUAAUUUGGUUCUUAUUCGGAUUCCUCCCUCUCUUUUAUGUUAUUCUUUGGAUCGAUCUAGAGAGACUAUAUAUAUAUAUAUAUAUGUAUCCCAUUCCCAUUAUUAUGGAGA